CGACCAGUGUACUGCGUACCCAACGCUUACCCACCAAAAUGGCCUCUAUGAUCUCACGUAGGUUCUCUUCUAAUUUCUCCAAACUAUCUCCUUUUUAUUCAUUUUCUUUGUCAAAGCGCCAAAGCCCUGAUCUCAAUCUGUUCGAUUUCACUGCUUCGUCUCAUCAAGCGGCCGUUUUUGAGGAUGUAUCUCGCCCAAAAUCCACAUAUUUCAAUCUCUGUUCAAGUAGGCUGUACUCUACUUCUGUUGCCAAGUCCACAAAUGGUGAAUCGAAUUGGUUAUUCGGUAAACACCCUAGAGUGGUUUCACUGAAUAGUCAUCAUUCCUCGAUUGGGAUACCCCACUAUUCUACCAAAAACAUUGAUUUGAAGCCCUCAUGCUUCAAUUACAGUUAUGUCAAAUCAUAUUCUGGUUUUGGGGCUAAGUUAAGCAAUCCUUGCAUAGAUUGGAUAACAAUUGAGAAACCCAGAUUUUUUUCUACAUCUGGUUCAUCAUCAGACACUGAUGCAACCCAAAACCCCAAACCCCAAAACCCAAGUGAAUACCCUGGCCAAAAUCCCAAUUUCAAGCACCAGGAGAUUGAGGGACCUACAGUGGAGCGUGAUUUGUCGGCUUUGGCGAAUGAGACCCGAGAGGUGUUGGAAGGAAUGAUGAAGACCAUUUAUGGGCUAAGCAGGGUCAUGGGUCUUCUGGGUCUGGCUCACUUGGGGCUUGGAGCUUGGAUAUCUUACAUCACUCGAUCGUCUCCAAUCCUAGAGGUCUCAAUUCAGAGCUUUCUGGCAUUUGGGUUUCCCUUCACUUUGGCGUUUAUGCUGCGCCAAUCGCUGAAAUCGAUGUAUUUCUUUAAGAAGAUGGAGGAGCAAGGUAGGUUGCAGAUUCUGACACUGACUCUCCAGGUUUCUAAGAAUUUGAAUGUCGUCUUUGUUCGAGUUCGCGGGGCUUCUUUCUUGUGUAUUGCAGGCAUGUCCUUUGGAUUGCUGUUCACUUUGUUUUCGAGAUGAGUGUUUGUGUGAAAUGUUUUUGGAGCUUCUUGUAUGAAGUUACAAAUUAUGAAUUAAAUUUUUUAGUGGGAUAAAUCACAUUGAACAAACAAAUGCGACAUUUUGUUGAGUGUUGUUUAGCUGAAUAAUUUAUCUACUGCAAACUGUAUGAAUAAAGUUCGGACAUGGGAAUGUUCAAUGCUUCACCUUAAGACA